AUGGCUUGCCCCCUCUCCUCUCCCUUGCUCUGCCUGCCCCUCCUGCCUGUGCCUGCUCCUCUGCCUGCUUUGCCCCCCCCUGCUUCUGCUGCCACUCACUCCCUCCUCCUGCUGCUCUUGCCGUCUCCCUACCUCUGCCCUCCUAGUCUUGUCUCCUCUCCCUGCUGCCCUGUUGCUGCCCCCUGCCUGUGCUCCUCGCUCCCCCCUGGCCUCCUGUCCCCGCUCCUGGGCCACUUCGUUACUGGCCUCCUUCUAUCAACUGGGUUACCCCCAUGUGCACCCUCGUCACUGCCUCACCUGUCCCAUUGCUGCCCCAUUGCGUAA